GAAAGAAAUAUUGUCCAACCAAAUGAUAGAAAUAUAUUCACGUCAUGUGAGUAAUCAGAGCAGGGAAGAUAAUAUUUUCAGGAAGGUAGAAUUUACCAUGGAAUCAAACAGACAUUUAAUCAUCUGGGGUUUAAAAUUUCAUCACAUGGAACCAUGAAAUGGCUAGGAUUUGUGAUGGGAACAGGAAUGUUUACAUACUUCAAAAAAGGAAAUAAAUAUAAAAGAGUCAGUGAAUAGUGUACCAUGAUGGAUCGUGGUACCCUCACCCUAUCCUCAGCGUCGGCUAUCAGCCCGACAACUCAUGUCGGCUUGGUGAGAAGGACUAGUAUGGAAACCUACAUGGUGCGUAUUUAUCCUGGUCCUUUAUACGAGUGUGAUUAUACCUCGAUUGAGGCUGAGAAAUGCACAGCUGCAGUUGAGAUCCUAAAAGUAGCUGUGAAAAAAUUACAGCUUGGAAAUCCAGAGAAAUAUGAACUCGCCGAGGUCUUGUCUUCAGGGGGACAACUCUGUAAAGAACGACGACUAGAACCAACUGAAAACCCAGUGCGAAUAAUGCUACUGUGGCCCAAAAUGGCAGGGAGUAAUGUUCCUGGGUAUAAAUUUUUUCUUAGAAAGAAAGAUCAUGAAAGUGUGAAUCGAACCUCAUCUUGGCGGGAAAUUUCUAGUGAUCCCAGCCGUGUGGACUCUUUUCUUCUGACGUUCCUCAAACAGCCAACCAAUAAUAAGGAAUAUCCCGACUUAUGCAAUCUUCCAGAUUUAAAUGAAAUGACACUGUUGGAAAACAUCAAAAACCGUUUUGAGCACUCACAUAUAUACACAUAUGUAGGAUCAAUCCUUAUAGCUGUGAAUCCUUUUAAAUUUUUUCCCAUUUACAACCCCAAAUAUGUGAAAAUGUACCAGAACAGAAGACUGGGGGAGCUACCCCCUCAUAUUUUUGCAACUGCAGAUGCAGCAUUUUAUACCAUGCUCCGUAAAAAGAAAAAUCAGUGUAUUGUGAUAUCGGGGGAGUCAGGGUCUGGGAAAACAGAGAGCACAAAUCUCCUUUUGCAUCACCUUACAGCACUUAGUCAGAAGGGGUCACACGGCAGUGGGGUGGAACAAACAAUUUUGGGAGCGGGACCAGUUCUAGAGGCUUUUGGGAAUGCCAAAACAGUCCACAAUAAUAACUCCAGUCGCUUUGGAAAAUUCAUCCAGGUCAACUACAAAGAAAAUGGAAUGGUCCAUGGAGCAAUUGUGGAAAAGUAUUUACUUGAGAAAUCCAGAAUUGUGUCGCAAGCCAAAAAUGAAAGGAAUUACCAUGUGUUUUACUACCUGUUGGCUGGAGCUGAUGAACAGGAACGAGAAGCCUUACAUCUGCGUAAACCUGAGGAAUAUCACUACCUCAGACAGAGUGGCUGCUAUACACUCGAGGGCGAGGAUGAAGUUCAUGAAUUUGUACGACUCAAACAGUCCAUGGAAAUGGUGGGAUUCUCCAGUGUCACACAGAAAAGGAUCUUCUCCGUUAUGUCUGCAGUCUUGCUUCUGGGAAAUGUGGAGUUCAAAAAAAAAGGGGACCAGCAUCAUGAUGAGAGUGUUACCAUUAAACACCAGACUGUUAUACAAACUAUAUCAAGUAUUCUGAAGGUGAAAGAGAAGACUCUGGUGGAAGCCCUCACCCAGAAGCGAGCUACCGCGGGCGACGAGACAGUGGUGAUGAACUAUAGGAUGCAUGAUGCAAUAGCAACGCGUGAUGCCAUGGCCAAAUGUCUAUAUGGAGCCCUGUUCGAUUGGAUUGUUCUGAAAGUGAACCAAGCUCUACUGGCCAAGAGACACAACAGUGACCAUCAGGAUGUAUUUUCUGUGGGGAACUCCAUCGGUGUUCUUGACAUCUUUGGAUUUGAGGAUUUCAGCAAAAACAGCUUUGAGCAGUUUAGCAUUAAUUAUGCAAAUGAACAUCUACAGUAUUAUUUCAAUCAACACAUAUUCAAGUUUGAACAAGAAGAGUACAAAAAGGAAGGGAUUCAAUGGAAGAAUAUUGAGUUUAUAGACAACACCGGCUGUCUGGAUCUCUUUUCCAAACGGCCAGAUGGCCUUUUCUGUUUGCUGGAUGAAGAGUGCAAUUUUCCUGGUGCUACAAAUGAAACUUUGCUUUCCAAAUUUAACCACCACCACAAAGGAAAAACAUACUACCAAGUGCCAAAUGUCAGAGAGGAGGCCUUCGCUGUUCUUCAUUAUGCUGGCAAAGUCAAAUAUCAAAUAAAGGAUUUCAGAGAAAAGAAUGUUGACCAGGUUAGACCAGACAUAGUCAGCGUGCUAAAGAGCAGCAAUCUGUCCUUCCUCAGGGAACUCAUGGGUUUGGACCCAGUAGCAGUGCUCAGAUGGUCUAUUAUCAAAACUCUAGUCAAGAGCGUAUUUGCCUUCAUAGCAGCAGGGCGAACCUACAGGAGUAAUGGCGGUGUAAAGAAAGAUGUUCAAAAGCAGAAUAGGAAGAACUCAUUUGACUUUAACCUUGUUGGUGGGGAAAACUUGUUAAAUAGUCAACACAAGCGAGGGCAUCAGCUUUAUUCUCCUGUACACAUUCUACCUGGAAUGGACGACAGUGGACUUCCCGAUGAAGACAAUGUUUUCUUAGACUUGCCAUGUAGUCCAAGUGAGGUUCACAUGUCUGAUGAGGAAAUUCGGAUAUACAGAAGGGCCAAACAUGUGAUGUUAAAGAACAAGUCAUUCAGACCAAAGCCGAGGCCUCCAACGAUGCUGAGGGACAUAAAAACUCUGAAAGCCAUAGCGAGCCGUACAAUGUGUAACAAAAUCACCUCCAAAAAGCAAGCAGCCAGUGUCAGUGCACAGUUCCAGUGGUCCCUGUCUAAGCUGAUGACAACCUUACAGCAGGCCAACCCAUUUUUUAUCAGAUGUAUCAAGUCCAAUGCUGAAAAGGAACCCUGCACGUUUAAUGAUGUUCUGGUGCUGAGGCAGCUAAGAUACACAGGAAUGUUGGCUACAGUCAAAAUCCGACAAUCCGGCUACAACUAUAGGCUCACGUUUGAGGAGUUCAUUCAGCUUUAUAAGAUCAUUCUUCCAAAGGGUCUUCUCAGUUCAAAGGAAGAUGUUGCCACAUUUUUAGAAUCGAAUGACCUUGAUAAGGAUAACUACCAGAUUGGUAUUACAAAGGUUUUCCUCCGAGAAUCUGAGAAAAUCUUCUUGGAUGAAUCUCUCCACUCAGCCAUUAUGUUGCGUGUAGUCCGGAUCCAGCGUUGGUUUAAAUCCAUUCUUGAACGCAGGCAUUUUGUGGCCUUAAGAACUAGUUGUGUGGUAAUACAGACUAUGGUAAGGAUGUACUUAUCCAGACAGCGCAGACUGAAGCUGAGGCGACAACUGCAGGCAGUUGUUACCAUGCAGCGAUACCUACGAGGCUGGCGCACGAGGCGAUGCUAUCUAACCACGAUUAAUGCAGUUAUCCUCAUACAGAGCUGGUACAAGGGAUGGAGAAUACGUAGACAGUACAGAAGUCAGAUUGAAGAGGCAUUGGAACAGCGAAAGAAACGAGAGGAGGAAGAGCGACAACGACAGAAACAAGCUGACACAACAAGUGAUGAGGGUGUGCUCAGUACUGAAGAACUAGAUCAACAGUUGCCAUCAGAUGCCAGGCGUCACUCAGAGAGCAGUGGAAUCCAUGAAGUGGAGGAUUCCGAAUCCGACACAGUGGACUCCAAGAUAAAAGAAAAGUCCACUUCUUAUACUAGUCCUGUCAACCCCCCAACUAUAGUUUUGGUACAACCCACCAUCAAACUUCCAGAUGAUGAAUUCCUUAAGCAAGCUCGCUCAACCUCUAGAGUUUCAAGUCUUGCAAAGUCUUUUCAGGGAACGCAAAAGGAGGGUACCAGUCAAAAAUCUAUAUAUUUAGAACGAGGGCCCCAUAAACAAAGAAUCAGGUCAAUUCCAGCCCCACUGGCCAAACAAGAAUCAUUCUCUGAUUUGGAGCCCUCCUCCCCCUCGCCCACCCCACUGUCUCCAAGCAGACUUAAAAUUCUGGAGGAGACCCUCAGCAAAAGCAGGGAUAGCCAUGGGGAACCACCUCAGUCUCCACUUAGUGAUUUUGCUGGAGCUCAUAAAAGUCCAUUCAGGAAAGCUCGACGCCACUUUAAGAACUUUGUAGGAGAAGCUACAAGCUGUAUGCCACCAAUUGGAGCUAGGUCAUCCUCCUUACGAUUUCUGCGACACCGGAGCAGUAAAAGGCAAGUCAAAAAAGAUGGAGGACCAGCAGAUGAUAGUGAUGAAGAGACGCCCCCAGUCCAGAUCAAGCCAAAGCGACCCCAUAAAUUGGGUGUCCAAGUAUUGCCUACAGAAGUUAUCAUCACUCAGCCUUCACCUGCCUCCCCCACAGAUGUCAAAUCUGCAGAUGACCAGCGCUCUUCCAGCGAAGAUCUUCGACGUAAAGGGCGGAAGAAGCAACGACACAAACAACCGCUGGACAAGAAGCGGUCGUCCGAGUCCCCAGUGCGUGGUAACUGGAAAGUGGAGGGGACUUCAGAAUGGCAGUAUCCAGCUGAUCUUGUCAUCACAGAGUUCUCUGAGUUUGCCAACUUAGACAUCUUUAUUUACAAAAAGUUAAAAGAUUACAAUAAGGAUUACAAGAAAGAGACAAUAUUUGACAAAGUGUUUAAAAGGUCAUUGAAUGCCUUCCAUAAGGAGAUGCAGGCAACCAUCUCCAUUGAAAAACAGAAAGGAGAAAUUCAUCUGCCAUAUAGAAAUCUCUUGACCAAGUUUGCUUUGACCUUGGAGGCAGAGGUCAAGGUUGAAAGGACCAAUGCUUCAUUUCCAGUUACCAUGGGUGUAAAUGCAUUCCGGGGAUUUCUGGAUGAAUUUAUUAAACAUCACAAGAAAGAAAAGAAGAAACAGGACAAAAAAGUGGACAACAAGACUCAAAAGCAGGAGAAAGUAAAGAAAGAUUUAUAUGAGUACUUGGGACACAAGUAUAGCCUUACCCAGUUUGGUAUCCCAACAUUCUGUGAGUUUUGCUCCAACAUUAUAUGGAUCAUGGAGAAAGGAAGUGUAUGCCAAGUUUGUAGAUAUACUUGCCAUAAGAGAUGUGUGAACAAGUCCACAAGCCAGUGUAAAGGUGCACAGGACAAUCAGGCAACUCGCCCUGACAAACGCCAGCCCUCCCCAAUAUCUCCACACUUACUGUCUGAGCCAUUCAGACCCAGAGUCCAGUCUCUGGACCAGGCUAGGCCAACAGUGCUGGCUCUUAUUGUCCAUCUCAAUAAAAUGGCUCAGAACCCCGGGUCCAAAGUAUAUGGUGUUCCACUUGCUAGUCUAGUUUCUGAUGAGCGCAAAAUUCCUGUUAUUGUGGAAAGGUUAAUUGUUGCCAUAGAAACCCAUGGAAUGUACACUAUUGGUGUCUACCGCAAAUCUGGUGCUAAUGCCAAGGUCAAACAACUGAAACAGAACAUUGACAGUGGCAAAGAAGAUUUAACCGCGGUAGAUAUCGAUGAGUACCCUAUUCAUACUUUAACUACAAUGCUCAAAUAUUUCUUCCGUGAACUCCCGGAGCCUUUACUGACCUUCGAACUUUAUGAUGAUUUUCUGAGAACUGCAGAAAUUCAGGAUGAAAAGGAGAGAGUACAAGCCAUUUAUGCAGUCAUUGAUAAAUUACCUAAACCCAAUUACAAUCUGUUGGAGAGACUUAUAUUCCAUUUAGCAAGAAUAGCUAAUAACGAAGCUUUAAACAAAAUGUCACCCAACGGUCUAGCCAUUAUAUUUGCUCCUGCCUUACUCAGAACCAACAAAAAAUUACAAGCUCAAGAUACCCUCAAUCAAGUGCCGAGACAAACUGCUGUGAUAAAACAGGUGAUAACAGAACAACUGUUGAAGAUGAAGGAAACUUUCAGUGACCUGAGUACACUGGAAACAGCGGAAGUGACCGCUGCUGACCGGUUGCAUGUGGUUCGACUCAGCAUGAGAGCUAGGAGCCCAGUGCAUAUCCCUCCUGCUUCACCCGUAACUGAGGUGGCCUCUAUAGAAGAGGAGACAGUGAUCCCUGAGGAAAUAGAUGUUGAGGAGGCAAAAGAGGAGGAGAAGGCAUUGUGUUCACACAUCAGAUCCAUACAGAAAGAAAGGGAAAAUCUUACUACAAAUUUACCAGCAUUAGAGUGUCGGCACUUGAGUUCAGACGAUGAUGGUUUGAGUACUGAUGGCCCUGACAGCAUAUAUGAUACUGCUGAUGAGGAGGAAAAUGAAGAGUAUGCAUUGACCUUUGACCUUCCAGGUAUGCAAAUUACACCUUUUGUUUUGUGUGUUGUUUGUACCCUUUUAAGAUUUGAAUGUAUGAAGAGUUUUCCUGUAGUGAAGCUUUGGUUUCCAUGUAGAGCAUUCAGGCAAAAGUGGAAACUGUAGUUUGAAAUGAAAACUAAUUAAUGCAGAUAGGUAAUAAUUAAGCUAUCAUUAAAACUAAUUAAUGCAGAUAGGUAAUAAUUAAGCUAUCAUUAAACAGUAUAUGGGAGUGGAAGAUCGUAACAGGAAUGUAACCAUUUAAUCUGAAACAGAAUAUGUAGUCUGAAUGCAUGUUUUUCAUUAAAGAGAGAUAAACUAUUGAGAGGUGAUAGUAUACAACUUUAGAAAUUGCUAUGACAUGUAAAGAUGCAUUUAACAUGCUUCAAUUUCAUAUAUUAAUAAAUGAUUACUAUAAUAAUGUCUGAAGAUGAGAUAUAAGUUUAUGAUUUUACAUUGUGUUGUUCUCUUUGGUGUAGACACGUAAAGGUAAAAAGUGAGGGGAGGUUACUCAUGGUUUCUGGUAUUUCUUUUGCCGCUUUUUUUAUUGUAGCAUCCUUGUUUUUGUGCAGAUUAACCCAAACUACUCAGUAUCAAUGAUUUGUUUCAUUUUAUUACCUCCUUAUUUUGUGUAUCUUUGAAAGAAUUCUUUCAUGAUCUGAGAUGUAAACAUGUUCACAGAAUACGGUUGAUUCCUUAUUUUAAGAUUUCAAGUCUCUCAGAUAAUAACACUGGCUAGUCCACAAAAUGUACAGUUCUCAAGAUCUGAUGUUAGACCGAAAAAUGUGUCAAAGUACUUUUGUAAUACAUAUAAAAGGAAUCUACUGUGUGCUAUAUGAGAAUAAAAUAAUGGCGCAUUGUUCUGAACAAUUUGACCUCAGUUCUAAAAACAAUAUCAAAUCAAAUUUAAAAAAUCUGGCAGAUCAUUGAUACGAGCCUGUAGCAGCUCCCACCAUGCUUAUAUUUGUACUGUGUAUUGUCCAUGUUUAAUAUAGUAGACUGUAAAUGUAAUGGUCACAAAGCACCUUGAUCAAAAUCUGACCAAUUAGCCAAUAGAAUUAAUUAACCUGGAAAACUUGUUCUUUUCUAUAAGGGAAGAAAAUGAAAGUGAAAGCAAAAAUUAACCAAAGACCGAGGAGUAGUCAAACAUAGCUAGUGGUAAUGAGAAUGUUCAGACCGUUGGGUCUAUCAUCAUUUUUAUAUCUACUUAUAUUUACUUUGUAAUUGUCUCUGUCUGUUUUUAUAGUAAGAAAUGCUUUUAAACUUCUAUCUCAUUACAUUUCUAGUUUUUGAUUCUUUUAAUUUCUCAGGGAUGAAUAGUGUAUGGGUGUGACUGUAGGUAUACAUCUGUUCGUCACUUAACCUUUAGUUACGAACCUUUUGGUUGUUCUCUUUACACUUUUACAGAUUUUAACUGUUGCUAUUUUUUGUGAAAUGAAAGUUUCUGAGAGGAUGAUAUUUUCUUUUGAAUUUAUUUUAUAGCCAAUUUUCCCAUUUAAUAUGCGGAUGAAAAUACUUGCUUUAUAUGGAGUGCCAGAUGAAGAUAUGUUCAAAGGAUAGUAGUGCGGUCUAAAUUAUUUAAAGAUAUUUCCAUUAAAUUAAAUGAUUCAAGUAAACUGCAACAAUGUGAUGUAAGAGAAUGCAUGAUAAUAGUAUGCAUUAUGAUAGUAAUUAUUGGGAGAUAUCUCUAAUUCAUUCACAGAAUGAACACUCAUUCUAAUGGAGAGAUAGAGUUAUCUCCUGUUGAAUUAGAGCGGUGUCGUUCUUUUAAGGAUGGAUACUCCUCAUUCAUUGGACGUGAUGAGAUGUUUUACUAUAUCCUGUUGCUUUUGUCAAUUCCAACUGAUCCCAUUGAGAAUAUCUUUAUAGUUCAAAUUUGCCAAACCCCAUUUUAGCAUUAAAUGUUACAACUGUAAGUAAGAAAGGGUACCAGAUAAUGUGGCUUGAUGACUCACAUGUUUCACAGCAGAAGAAAAUGAAUGCAAAUAUGGCCAUUUUUGCUCUCUUAAACUGAAUUAGAGCAUGCUCUGAUAUUUCUAGACAUAGUUCUGUUUUUAUCAUAGAAAGCUCUAUUUCUAUAAGAGAUUGCUAGUUCUAUCAGAGAUUGCUAUUUCUAUAAGAGAUUGUUAUUUCUAUAAGAGAUUGCUAGUUCUAUCAGAGAUUGCUAUUUCUAUUAGAGAUUGCUAUUUCUAUAAGAGAUUGCUAGUUCUAUCAAAGAUUGCUAUUUCUAUUAGAGAUUGUUAUUUCUAUUAGAGAUUGCUCUAUUUUUAUCAUAAAUUGCUGUUCCUAUUGGAGAUUGUUAUUUCUAUCAGAAAUUUCUAUAGAGAUUACUAUUUCUAUCAAAGAUUGUUCUAUUUCUAUCAGAGAUUGCUAUUUCUGUAAGAGAUUGCUAUUUCUAUCAGAGAUUGCUGUUUCUAUCAGAGAUUAUUUUUAGCCAAGUUACGUAGCAAAUUUCAGCUUUUAAAUUGGCAAAGGAUGGGUGUCCGGUUGGGCGGGCGGGCGGCGUCCACAAUUAGCUUGUCCGGUCUCUUAACUUUCAUACAUUUUGAUGCAUCUUUGUGAGACUUACAUAACAUGAUCACAUCCAAAAGAGGAAGUUCCUAUUUAUUUUGAGGUCCAAAGGUCAAGGUCACUUUGUCACUAAAUGCCAUAGAUUUGAGCUUGUCCAGUCUCUAACUUUCAUACUACUAGGGGCAUCUUUGUGCUCUAACUUUCAUACUACUAGGGGCAUCUUUGUGAAACUUACAUAACAUGAUCAGAUCCAAAAGAGGAAGGUUCCUAUUUAUUUUUAGGUCAAAAGGACAAAGGUCAAGGUCUCUUUGUCACUAAAUGCCAUAGAUUUGAGCUUGUCUGGUCUCUAACUUUCAUACUACUUGGUGCAUCUUUGUCAGACUUGCAUAUUUUGAUCACAUCCAAAAGAGGAAGGUUCCUAUUUAUUUUGAGGUCCAAAGGUCAAGGUCUCUUUUUCACUAUAUACUGUAGAUUUGAGCUUGCCUCUAAGUUUUAUACAUGUACUUGCUGGUGCAUGUUUAUCAGACUUCAAAUCCUGAUGACAUUCAAGAUUCAUGUUGCUUUUGAAAUCCAAAGGUCAAGGUCAUUAUCACACUAAAUACCUAUUGCGGCCAUUCAAAGCUUCAUACUUAUAAACUAUAUUGAAUACAUGCAUGUUUUUACUUCAUGAAUGCAAGCGUGCAUAAUUUUCCAAACUGCAACUCGGCCAUACGCAUCUUUGAUGCGUUUUUUUUUCCUAUCAUAUAUUUCUAUUUCUAUUAGAGAUUGCUAUUUCUAUUAGAGAUUGUUUUUUCUAUCAUAUAUUGCUAUUUCUAUUAGAGAUAGGUGUAUUUCUCUCGUUCUAUUUUUAAAAAAAAUAUUAUUUCUAUGAGCGAAACCUUUUUCUUUAUGAUAUAGUUCCAAUUAAUUAUAGUCUUCUCUACUACAACAAUAAAGAGCAUCAAUUCAACAAAUGAAUUGGUCAUAUCUUCACGUGCAUUAAAACUACUGGGUAUCUUUAUUGAAAAUUUUAGAUAUGUCUAUAAUUUCAAUUAAAGAUAUCAUGUAUGAUUUGGAAAUAUCUGUAAACAAUAGCAGGCACUCCAUUUAUUUGAAUAUUGAUUUGGUACUCUAUACUUGCUGGUUCAUGUAAAGAUAGAUCUUGCAUGGGAUAUUUUCUUCAAAAGCUUUUUUUUUUUGGCAUCUAUGUUUACAGUGAUAGAAAAGGCAAGGGUUUUAUCUUUUCCAAGCAUUUUUAUCUUCUUUGAAAAAUUUAAAACAGAUGAAAUUAAAUUGAAAUUGCUUGUAGAGAUAUUUGUAAACAAAGUUUGCUAUGACACUUGUAUUACAUGUAGUUGUCUGAAGUUCUGUUUGAAUUGCAGGUGUAAUGCAUUACAUACUGUUUUAUGUUAAGGAUGUAGUUUUAAAAAAGUCUUUAACUGCAUGUUAUUUCAUCUUAUCCUCAAGAUUAUCAUAUGAAUACCAUUACCUGCCUUGAAUGCAUAUAAAUCUGAAAUUUUUACAUUCACAGCAAAUUUAUAUACUCUGACAUACCCUGUUUCUGAUAUGGAUUGUUGUAUUAUAAGAUGUAGUAUUGUAUUAAAUCAAAUGGUAAAAAUGAACAGAGAUACAUAUGCAAGUGAAACUAGAAUUAAAACCACUUUUCAUAUCAUGUAUUUUCUCACAAAAUUGAAAUUAAAGUACAUAUUAAAUGAAAUAUUCUUAAAUUAUUUGAAACUCAUGAUAGAAUUUAUUUGUGAAGUAAAAUAAAGCGUAUAUAACACUUAAAUAUGGAUAUUGUUGUUUUUGUUACAGUGAGUCCACCAUCUCAGCUUCAACACCUUACUAAGAAAAGAGUAUCUGGUAAUCCCUGUAAACGACCUCCCAAGCGUUACCGACCUUUCCUGGACAAGCGGGGGGAUCAGUGUUUUUCCUGCAGCAGUGAUGAUUUCAGUGAUCCUCUAGAGAGUACAGUAGAUGAUUCCAUGGUCUCAUACAUCUCUGAGGGGCCGACCAUGCUUCCCAUUGCUCACACUCGCGAACCCUCCUGGGAGUCCAGUUCUGUCUCCAUUCCGGCUCUCCACAACAUUUGUGAGGAUGAGGAUGAGAUCAUGGUCUAGUAUUGGUGAACCCUGUCAUUCCACUUUUGUCAUUAUGCCACACAGAGUCCACAUUUUAUCCAUGUGUCAUCCAGUUUUACUUUGACCCAUAUCAGUUGUGGAGAACCAUUCCAAGUCCUCAUGAAUAUUCAUCUUCUACCUCAUUAGUAAUGCAAGGACACACUACAGUCAUUUUACAAGUGGAAAGGGCAGGGUAGAGAUAUAGUGUUUGCAGUGCUGCUAUUUGUUAAAGUUGUGUUUUCUAUGUGUGAAUAUAAUCAAAGGCAGUGUGCUGUAGACUGUAUUAAGUGCCUAGAGAAUUAAAUGUCUUUGCAAGAGCAAGUUCACAACAUCAUUAUUUAUGUUAAGUUUAACUGUGCUUAUUGAUAUUGUGAAGUGAUUUUAAUAUGCAAUUUCAUUUUUGCCAAAACUUGUGUAUUCUUCAAGUGCAAUAAUAGAGAGUAGCGCUUUGUAUGCAGGGAGAGAUAUGUGGAUAUAAAGUUUAAUGUCAUUUGUAUGAAUGUGUUGGCAUUCACAUGAAGAGUGUGGCUGUCAGUGUACACAUAUUCAAUUGUUCUAGUCAUACAGUACAGAACUUGUCGUGUUAUUAUGAUGAUGAUGAUGAGUUUAAACUGUGAUGAACACGUUGUUAAUUAUAAUGCUUGUUUGAUCUGAGAUACAGUCCAUGUAAAUAGUCAUUUGUACAUGUACCAUAGUUAUUCGUCUUUCAGUGUUAAUUUUUGCUGCUGUAAGAACAACACCAUUUCAGUUGUAAAUGUAGGGAGACACUUUUGGGCGAGAGAGUUCGAGACAGCAAUGGUUAUUUGUUCUCUGUUUAUGUCCAGUUAAUGUUGCAUUAUUUUAUUUUUGAAAACAUGUUGAGCAUUAAGAUUUGAUAUUGAAUUAAACAUAAUUCUGUUAUCAACACUUGACACUGAUAUUAUUUCACAACACAACUGAAUCCCAUUUUUCCAUUGAAGUAUUUUCAUAGUAGCUCAGAACUUGCAAUAGUUUUUCUGAUGAAAUAGAGGCUAAUCUUUGCUCUAUGCUUGUCACAAAGAAUUUUUACUCAUUUUAUUUUUAAAGAAUGAGUUCUUCAUCACAUACACAGUGUAUGAAUACAUACAAUUAUAGCAAGAAAACUGUCAUUUUACAGCAAUGGACCACCAAAAUAUGUUCAAAAUCAGAAAUUAGACUACGUCAAAGGUGCUGUGCAAGACACAUUGUGUGUGUAACUGCCAAAAAAUGAUUGAUUGUUGAAGUAAAACAUACAUUGACCACUCCACCCUUCAUUGACUUUAUUUUUUUCAAACUAGCUAAAUACUGGUGAUCAUCAUUAAGAACUUCCGUGCUUUUGCAAGACUAAUUAUUUCACUCUUUAAAGUAAUACUUUUAUUUUUUUUUAAGCCUGAUGUACAAAGAGUAAAUUGUUAACUGUUCAUAACAAGUGCCACUGUUCUUACGGAGAGACUGUUAAUUAGAUAACAAAGUGGAAAGUCUCGCAAUGUAUUAAUUACAAGUUAUGUCGGUGUCGUGGUAAAGAUGUGUUGAAUUUAUUUUUUAAUCAAAACACUGCUUGUUGGACAAAUAUUAAUUUAUUGAAAUUUGUUUUAUUUUAAUUGACAAAGCAUUGUACAUUUCAUUGUAUUAGAGGGAAAGUUUUAAAAUUUAAAUCGGAUUGCUUUUAAAUGAAGUGGAAUUGUACAGGUAGUGUUGUUAUCUUUGUUGAUGCUCAAUUUUUCAUUUCUAAUGUAGCUCUUAUGCAAACAUUCCUUUGCAGUUGCUCUCUUUCUGUUGAGAUUUAGAAUGAAAAUAUUUUUGUAAGCUGCAUAGUUAUCAUUAUUGAACUGACAAGUUCAGUGUCUUAGAGAAACUGUUAAAACCAUUUACAGCAUGAAAAUAUCCCACUAUUGAAGGAGAAAAUGGGGUGUUUUUUUUUUAGUAAAAUGGGGGAUUUAUUUUGUUAUUUCAUGUCUUCUGCUCAUCAUUUAGUCAUGUCAGGUGUAAUUUUGAGAUACUGAAGGACCAUUCCAUUCACUCACUUAAAGAUAAGGGUAUUAACUGCACUGUGUAUGAUAUGUUUUUGAGUGGGAACAAUUCAAAUGCAUUAAAGAAUAUAAAUGUA